UACUACGUUACAAUUGAGGCAGUUACAAAUUCAUUAUGAUUGUCUCAUCCUACUAAUGACUAGGCAGUGGUCACUAGUGAGUAACUUUAGAGUAUUUUGGUUGGUCAGGUCAUAUAAAAAGUUGUCAGACAACUUACCAUAUAAUCGCACCACUUGUGCACCAUAUAGCCUGCAUAAUUACGAAGAUAUAAAUCUUGGAACCGGUAAUUAUUCCGCAAAAUUCGUGGAACUUGUCAGCUGAAUUAAUACUUCAAGUUACUAUUACGACUUUUUUAUUGCUUCAUUAACCACUACAAAAAUUCCAAGCAAAACCCACAAUAAAUAAUAUUUGUCUGUCUGCCUACUCUGCUUCAUUAAUUGGCUUAAUAUACAAUAUCUGUAAAUAUGAGCACGCAUUAUUAAAGUCGUAUGUCUUAACCACAUCAUGACGAUAAUUUUCUCACUUACGAUUGUGAUUCCUCAGUAAUAACCACAAUCACGUAGGUAAACGUAUUUGGCUUUUCAUACAUAAAGCGCCCGAGAAUAAAAUAUUUUCUCAGAAAAAAAACAAGAAACAUAAAUCUAUCGUAAAAACGAUACUUGCAAACUUUUAAAUACAUUACUUAAGUCAACGUCGCAGUUCAUUACAUAAAAUAAAUUCGAGUUAAAGUCAUAAAAUGGCAUCUUCUAAUAUAUCAUUGUUUCCACGCUGGUUUUCAACUGUGCUGCUGAUCCUCACGCUGAAUAUUUUCAGGACCAUGUCAGUCCCAAUUCCAGACAAUGAUAUUUCUUAUGAAGACACCCAAUUCAAAUGCAAAAGAAGAGAAUAUUACCAUAAUGAGACUCAAAAAUGCUACAAAGAGAGAACAAAAGGACCAUGCACUGGGAACAUGCUAUUUCUAAAAUUUGACAACAAUGGUUUUGGAGAUUGUGAUUGCUCAGAGGAUGAAGUUGUGCCGUAUGUCUACAAUCCGCAGACUAACGACUGUUAUGCAACUUAUGCACAGUCUUAUUGCUCUACCGGUGAAUGGCUGAUAUUUGACGAGACUCUUAAUCCAAUUUGUGCUCCUAAUUCAUGUGUGACUCAUUCAACUCCGAAAGUUGACGGGGAUACUGUAACAGUUUUGUUCAAAAAUGAAUGUGUGGCCCUUAACAAACCAUCAAAAUUGUGCACCUCAUUACAAGAAGUUGGAAUUCGGAACAGUGAAGUGACUCCGGACUGCAUCUCAACCAUUGCAGAACAGUCUGUAGUUGGGACGAGUCAGUUAAAGUGCAGGCCAGGGACGAGACGAGAUAUGAAUGGCAAAUGUCGUAGGGCAAUUACAAUCUCUUUGACGGAAGAAGAGUAACUUUUCACUAACAAUUUUAUAUUUAAUGAUCUCGGACGAAGUGCUGGCAUUCUCGUCCUUUUUGUGUAUUAUCUAUGUGUUAUUUCUCGAAUUUUAAUAAAAAGUUAUUCUUUAGCCGUGU